AUGCGUGGUCAAAAACCCUUUAGGAUCGCUUCAACUUCUAGAAGACGUUCAAGGUCUCGUGAGCAUAAUGAUCAUCGAAGUUAUCGUAAAAGCAACAAAAAAAGCACUAGGCGAAGCACAUCCAAAAGAAAGGUUGAAAGAACUACUAGUGAAAGUCGAAGUCCCAGAAAUGACAUACGUGAAAGAAGUCCAAAAAGAAGCAAUAGGAACGAAAGAAGUUCAAGUAAAAGUUCGAGUGAUAGUAUUGACAUAACUCCGGCAACAAAAACUCUCGAAAGAGAUAACAGAAACGUAAGAAGUAUUGAAAGAAGUUCAAAAGUCCAAGAUCUAAAAAGGCAACGAUCAGAAGUUCGAAAAUAUUCUCUAGAAUCACGUAGAGAGCACUCUCUGGAAUCAUAUGAAGAAUACUCUCCAGAAUCACAUAGAAGAUAUCUAAAAUUACGUAAAGUGCUCGAGGAUAUGACUGAUGAACAAUAUAAGUCUUUUAGGGAUGCAGUUGUCCAAAUCCUCUCUGGUCUUGACGACUCGUUGUUAUUCGACCAUACGAAGCCAUGGAAUGAAAUUUAA